AUGCACUUGUUCAAUCUGAGCCUGAGCCUGGAGAAAGUCCCAGCCCUGUGGAAGACCUUCUGUAUGGUCCCCUGCUACACCUGGAGGACAACGGGAUUACGCACAGGUCCCCCUCGGGGUACGGUGCUAUCUCCCUUCCUCUUCACCCUUUACACCUCGGACUUCACCCACAACUCCACACUCUGCCACAUCCAGAAGUUCUCCGAUGACACAGCCAUUGUUGGAUGUGUUUCUGAGGGGAAUGAACCCACGAAGGAACUGAAGGACGCUGCCACCAGGUGGCUGAAGCCGGGGGGAUCCAGCGGUGAGAGGCUGAUGCUGGAGCAGGUGGUGCUGGAACAGUUUGUGGAGGGGCUCCCGACCGGGACCGCAGAGUGGGUGCGGUGCCACCGACCGGCGGAUUUGGAGGCCGCCAUCACCCUCGCCGAGGAUCAUCUGGCUGUCCACGGGUCCAGCCGCUACGGGUGCCGCUCUCGGCCCACAGGGGGUUCCUCAGGCGUCAGGGCAGGAGUGUUGGCGGUGCGGGCAGCCCGGGCAUUUCCGCAGGGAGUGCCCUCUCAUGGAGGUCGGACAGGUGAUCCGGGUUGCUGGCCCACCAACACCCUCCCCCGGUCCAGGAGGGACAUACAGCGUCCCGGUAAGGAUCCAAGGGGGUAUACAUCAGGCAAUGGUGGAUUCGGGCUGCACGCAGUCUAUAAUUCAUCAGCACCUGGUUCGACCCGGGGCUUUGGUAGAGGCAUCGUGGGUGGACAUUAG